CAUGCCUUCGCCAUUCUCAUUCAUCUAGGUAUCAAAAUGUACAAAGAAACCAAGUAGUAAAGUUUGUAAAAGGAAAAUGGGAACGUUUUUAGAUAAACCUAAGACCGAUAAACAUAAUGAACAUGGAUGUGGAAAUGGAUUGCGAUAUGGUGUUGCUAGUAUGCAAGGCUGGAGGGUGGAAAUGGAAGAUGCUCAUCAUGUGAGAACUGGUUUAGGAGAGCAUCUUAAUGAUUGGUCCUUCUUUGCUGUUUUUGAUGGACAUGCUGGUGCAACGGUGUCUUCACAUUGUGCUGAUGAAUUGCUGGACUGUAUUAUUAGCAGUGAAGAAUUCAAGGAAUCCGAUUUUCCUCAAGGAAUUCGUACAGGAUUUCUUAAGCUUGACAAUAGAUUAAGGGCAAAACCUGAAUUUGCAUGUGGAAAAGACAAAGCUGGUUCAACUGCUGUUUGUGCUCUUGUGUCUCCUAAUCACUUUUAUAUUGCUAACUGUGGUGAUUCUAGAGCUGUGCUUUGUAGGUCUGGCAAGCCUGCUUUUUCAACACGGGACCAUAAACCGAUAUUGCCUAGUGAAAAAGAAAGGAUACAAAAUGCUGGUGGAACAGUUAUGAUCCAAAGGGUCAAUGGUUCACUUGCUGUAUCCAGAGCUUUAGGCGAUUACGAAUACAAAAGUGUAGAAGGACGAGGACCAUGUGAGCAGCUUGUGUCUCCUGAACCAGAGGUUUUUGUACAGGAUAGAGAUGAAGAAAAUGAUGAAUUCUUAGUCUUAGCAUGCGAUGGUAUUUGGGAUGUUAUGUCUAAUGAAGAUGUUUGUGACUACAUCCGAUCUUUGUUGUUGCUGACUGACGAUCUAGAGGCUAUUACAAAUCAAGUUAUAGACACUUGCCUUUAUAAGGGAAGUCGUGAUAAUAUGAGCAUUGUACUUGUUACGUUUCCAGCAGCUCCCAAACCAUCUCAAGAAGCAAUAGAACGUGAUCAAGCUUUAAACAAAAAUAUAGAAUCAUUAGUUAGAGAAGUCGUUAGCAAUAAACUAGACAUGGGCUUUAGGCAAGUUCUAGGAUAUUUAGGUGAUGUUAAAAUUGCUGAUCUGCCACCUGGUGGAGGCCUUAGUGCGAAAAGGCCAAUUAUAGAAUCAAUUUACAAAGAGCUGUGUCCACAUCGAGCUGAAUCAGAGCUGGAUCCAAACUAAAUUAUUCUUCUAAUGUAUCUUUUUAUAUCAAAUACACAUUCUCAAGAAUGCUUAUGAGACAAUAUUUAAUUUU